UCAUCAAUAGAGAAGAAGACAACAAGUGGCAAAAUGGAGAGAAUCCAAAAAUGGAAAUGGCAGCAACAACAGUUCAACCAUGUCCUUCUUCUUUCAUCUUCUUCACUCAGCGACAAAAAACCCGCCUCCAUAAUAUCAUCCAUUUCCCAUUUCUCCUUCUCCCUCCUUCUCAUUUACGCCGUCGUUUCAGCUCAUCUGCAGCCAGAGAUAUCAAUAGCAGGAAAAGAAGAAGAAAGUGGGACUCAAAUGCCGAGACAAUUCGUGCCAAAGAUUUCACUUUUAACACCCAAAACAACGAAGAUGAAGAUGAUGAUGAAGAAGAAGAUUAUGAUGGUGAAACGGCAAGUUCUGGGAUUUUGGAGGAAGCUAUUGAUAGCCUUUGGAUUUUGAAGGCUUUCAAAUCCUUUGGUUGGGGGCUACCGCCCAUUUUACUUUCGCUGUUGUUUGCCAAUGGCCCGAAAGCUUUCCUCAUGGCAUUAGCACUUACAAUUGGACAGUCAGCAAUAGCUUUUGCCUUCGAAAAAGUUUUGGGAAAGUCACAAAGCAAGCAAAAGCGUAAUGCGAGGGCAAGGAAAACGAAAAAGUAUACAUCACGGCGCACAGUAAGAAAUAUUAAAAAGGAGAAACAAGUACAUGAAGGUCCAAAGAACAAAAAGGGAAUGAAAGGUUAUCAAUCAUGGGUCGUUGAUGACCAGGGCACAACUAGCUUUGGUGGAUGGGACGAGCUCGAUGGAACUGAACCAACGAGAACACCAUCAACAAUGGAAAACGGAUCAAAACGGACCACAAAACCAAAGGACAGGUUGAGUAUAAGCGAGACCGAAAGUAAUGAACCUUUGUUGUUGAGAUUGUUGAUUGCUGUUUUCCCAUUUUUAGGUUCUUGGACUAAGUUGUUUUGGUGAUUAUUACAUUUAUAGCACAACCUUAGUGUUGGAACAUGACAAUACUUACAUUUCUUGUGUGUAGCAUAGUUGCUUGUUCCGGUUCUCAAUCGAUUAUUUUGUCAGUCAUUCUUUAGGCUGGAACUAUAGAUCAACAAUCAUAAAGGAAACAUUUUUUUCCCACCGUGAGUGUAUCAAAUAAUAAUCUUUUUGAAAAAAAACCAUUCGUUAUACGAGUUUGGUUAUAAGUAUA